AUGAUCUUUUACGUUAUUCUUUCAUUAUUAAUUGUUGUAUUGAUCUCCAUCAAGAUACAUUAUAACAGAUAUGCACACGGUUUACGAGAACAACCCAGUUACUUCCUUUGGUUUCUCACAUGUGUCGUCAAUUUUCAAGGUUGGUCAAGAGAGAGUUGCUGUCUUUCUACAGCUCAUUUUAAAUCAAAUGACCGAUCGGGAUAUUUGAAUGAGAAGGAUAUUCCCAUGCGAAAUCAAUCGAGACCAAAAAUGCUACGCGCUGUUCCUCAUCGCCAAUUAUCUCAACAGGCACCCGACGAUAUUAUGCACCUAAUGCAUCAAUAUAUCGAAUCAAUUUCAAUUCCGCGAUACGGUGGCGUAACAACUGACGAUCAACUACUAUUACGUGGCAAAUCUAUCAUUGAAUACACAGGUGCUGAUGGAUUAUUUCUACCGAACGCUGAUCCAAAGUCGUUUGGUCGAGGCGAAAUCGCGCAUUUACAUUCGAAUGAUGGAUCAUUUCAUAUGCUAGUUCAUCCGUUGGAUGCAAAAUUACUAAUUGAUAAACAAUGGGCUGAACGAUUUCCAUUGGCAGGCAUGAAUUUAUUCAAUAGAAUCACUAUUCCAGAUACGUACAUUUUGAUUUACGCGCCACGUAAUGAAAAUGAAGUGGCAAUAUGGAAAACGAUUUUAACUAGUGCUAUUAAAUAUAAUCGAGACAAUCGAUCUGCGUAUUAG